AUGCAAGCUGGACGCUUUGAUACGGAGGACCGUGACGCGGAGCUGGGCAAGCUCCUUCUCAACAGCAAGCUGGGGACGUCGGACCCAGCGCCGUUCAAGCGAAGGAAUGCAGACAUCGGGUCGAUGUGGUUCGACGUCCAGGGUUACCUUCACCACUUCGGCCUCGAGCUUGAGAAGGCGACAGCGGUGGAGGAGACAAGGACGCCGGCGCAGACGUUGCAGCUUCGCGUGCCCCACCACGCUGGCUGGUUCGACCAUCGGGAUGUCCUUCGGCACGUGAAGCUGCACCUAAAGCACAAACACUGGAAGUGUUGGGCCGCAAUGUCGGACCAAGGCAAGUCCGCUCGCACUCUUGCGGGUCUUAGAAGCGGCUUCCUAUCGCGGACCCGCAAGUUGUGGGAGACCGACUACCGCUUUGCGGUGGCCGGUCGACUCAACCAGCUCGACACGCACAGUGUGCUCAAUCGCAGGCGUCUCCGGGCUCAUGGCCAGUGCAGGCAUUCAGGAUGCUCGCGAUCGGAGACACUCGCGCUUGUGCUUAACCACUGCGCGGGGACUAUGGACGCCAUUCGCGGACGCCACGAUGAAGCCCUCACGAUUAUUGAGCGAGCCAUUGCUUCGGCGUCCAGCGACAAGACGGCCAGGGUUGAGCUGAGAGUCAACCAAACGAUACCCUCGCUCCCCGGACCUGCGCUGUGGCCAGACUUGCAGGUCUACAACUACACCACACUCAAAGUGUCAGUUGUAAAUUUGCAGUGGCAUUUAAAGAGCAGCCCAACGACGACCCGAGGACGUCUUCGCUGGUCCGUACAGCCAAGGCCAAGUGUGACAAGUACGAUUGCGUCAAGCGACAUCUUAAUCGCCAAGGAUGGACCGUCCAUCUUUCGGCGAUCGUUUACGGCUCGCUUGGUGCAGUAG